UUUAAAUAGUUUAAUAUAAAACUAAUCAACAAAAAAUCAUAAUUUUGUUGAAAGAUCUUAUGUCAUGUUGUAUAGUUAAAAUGUUUUUUUUCGUUAUACAUAAAAUACAUGUAUAUAGAUAUGUAAGAAUGUUGAACAGCAUCGCACUGUAUCCAGAUACUUGAACUGUAUAAAUCGAAUGAUUUAUAAUAUUAUUUUGAUUCGAAAAUUGACAAUAUAUAUAUAUAUAUAUACACAUUCAAUCAAUCUAUAUUUAAAUCGAAUUUCAUGUUAAUCUGUCAUUAAUUACGAGUACUUAUGUUUCCUUUUAUCUAUUUGAAUAUCUUGAGUAAUAUAAGAUAAUUUGUUUUACUUAUUAUUAUUAUUUUUUUAUAUAUCAAAAGGUUUAUCAAAUUUGUAAAAAUACAGAUAUACAAACAAAUAAAUAAAUCAAUGGAAGAACAGAGCAAAAAGCAAUAUAAAAUCGGAAAUAAAACAUAAUAUAAAUUGAAUCAAUGAGAAAUCUAAAUGAAACGAAUGAAAUGACGAAGACGAAGUAACGAGAUCGAGAUACGGCUAAGAUUAUUUCGAAUAUUUUUCUUGGAAUCGGAAAGGAUUUUCAUCCGAUCAUGAAAAUGGACAACACUCGAUUCGAUCAACGAUGACCGGUGGACCAGAGUGAGACGGAAACGGCUAUUAACUCUAGCGACAUAUCAACCGAAUGCAAGAGAAGGCAACGCGUGGGCGCGCGCGCGCGCUGCCGUUUCUAUCGACCAGAUUUUCGUCUCUCCUCCUCUCGUUUCCUCACCGGUCGCGGCCUCCCUAUGCAUUCCGCUAGAAUCCUAGCCGUGGCAACGCCUCGUCACUGCCUCGAUCGUCUUCCGGGAAUUACACCUAACUAACCGGUCUCCCACGUGGCCACGUGGAGAACACGAGGAAAACAAAAUUGUACGAUCUCCGAUCUCUCCGCUCUCCUAUCCGAACUGCGAUUUUUUCCACUCGGUUCAAACCCAGUUUCCCAUCUUCCCAUCCCGUGUUUCAGAUUCCACGCUAAGUUUCAUUCGGCCAAUUAUAUAAAAUUGUCAUCGAGCAACUUGUAUAUAUAUAUAUAUAUAUGUAUAUAUACACAUACAUACACAUACAUACACACACAUAUAUAUAUAUAUACGAAGAUGAAGAUUGAACAAAUGGGAUAACGUGACAAAUGGUGAUAGUGUUGGUGAAUACAAUUCUUUUUAUAUUUUUCGUACAUGUUGUUCAUGCGGUUCGGUGGAUUUGAUCGGUCUUGUCCUCGGUUCUCGUGCAGGGAUUGAACGGAAGGGUGUUUCGUCAGUCGAAUAGGAAAAUUGAACGAGAAUGAUGCGUCGAAUCUGAUUCUUUCGAAAAAAAAAAACGGUGGAGAAAUGGAGAGGAUAAAGGGUGGUAGGCGAAAGUGACAAGAAAUUUGACUGGACAAUCAUCGCCACCCAUUCCAUUUAAAAUGCAUCGAAACGUCAGUUUCGUUACGUUCAAGUGCGCAAAAUUGAAAUCUUCCUGAUGUUGGACGACAUCGAAUCAAGGCGUUUAGUGAUCCGUUAAACUAUGUCAAAUUGAAAGAUCGACGAAUUAUGCCGACACACAUACAAAUUAUCAUCAACUUCGUAUGAAGUCCACGGAGCGUUGCACAACUAUUACAAUACUGUUAACACGCUUCGUAUAUGCGUUUUUAAUUUUUGUUUUUUUAACCGAAAAUAUAUUUGAAAAGUGUGGGGAUGCAAAGUGAUUUUCGGUCACUAAAAAUGUCUCGCAAACGUCUCUGAUAUGUCAAUCACCAUUGAUUAAUAAAAAAAAUUAUGGAACUGAAAAUUUUCGAUUUUUAUAUACAACAAUAAUGAUAAUAAUAAUAACGAAGUGUGUCGGAACUCGAUCAAUUUAAAAUAUCGAUAUACACGUUUCUUUAUCUUGACGAAAGAAAUCCUUUUUAAAAUCCGUGAAAAAUCUAGGUCGUGCAAAUACUAAUUCUCGUAAUAUCGUUUCCAAGCGAUUAAGUUGAUUCAAUUGGGGAAAAAAGUAUUUUUAUAAAUUUUUGUUAUUGAUCACAAGACCACGCCUGAAAGUUAAAUUUUAUACAAAUAAUCCUGAUUGGGAUGACGUAGGAGGAAAAUUGGCGAUAGAACAGUGAUAUAUCAAGAAUCCUGUGUGCAAUUUUAUCAAACAUGCCUGGACUUGGGAUCGUUUCGAUAAAGGCUGAUGGUGAAAGUGAAGGAAGUGAAGAUGUCAAAAAAAUUGAUCGUUCGAGAAGAAGAACUUAUCGUAAAUUUGUAUAUAUAUCACGAUGAAGAAACGAUAACGACCGAAAAAACCAUUUGCGAUAAAAUUUACAUCGAAUAAUGCAUACACUCAUACUCGCAGUAUCUUUUAAUCAUUGGAAAUCGACAAACGAAAAAGGUUCUCCUGGUAUGUGCGAUCAAUCCCAAGACGAGGUUGUGUUUCGUGGUAGCAAAAGAGUGCUAGAUAAUGAACACAGCACUUUCAAUUUCGAAUUCGAUAACAAAAUAUACACGAGUCAUUUACAAUUACGAAAAUGGUUGAUAGGAUUGCUGAUCUUCUUGUUUGUUUCGCUAAUUGUAAUCAACACGUUCAACACGGAUCAAUUUCGAGUGAUACGGUAUGGAGCCAUUGUCAACGAUAGUUCACAAGAAAAUUACGUAGAAUUGAAACCUUUCUUGGCUUCUAUAAGCAACUCUGGUUUCCUAGUUCGUAACAAAGGUUGCCGAAUCCCAGAUAUGGAUCCUUUUGAUUCGGCGAUCGUACAAUACAUUCAAAGGGAGAAACCACUUGUCUGCGAACACGGAAAUCAUUUACCAUUGGUCGAUUCAAACGACACUGCAUUGCACGUAAAUCCAGACGCGAUCAACCAUUUUUACAACAAUUCGGAGGAGAUCGAUUGCUGUUGGCGUCCGUUCUGGCGAAUGAAAAACGAGGAUAACGUUGUUACAUAUGGAAACGAGUGUUUCAAAUUCAAAAACUCGACAAUUGUAAACACUGAAUUCGUGAAGGUCGAAUGUUCGCGCAAUAACGAAGUGAUAUACAAGGAUUAUCACGCGUUCGUGCCUCGUUUCCGAUCAGUGGAAAAAAAAUGCGAGAAAACUAGAGCUGCCAAUUCGAAAACCGAACAUCUUAGCGUGUUAAUAAUCGGCCUCGAUUCGGUUUCCAGAUUAAAUUUUCAUAGAAUGAUGCCGAAAACUGUUCAUGCGUUAGAAGAGCUUGGAACGAUAGAAUUGUUGGGCUACACCAAAGUGGCCGAUAACACUUAUCCGAAUUUAGUACCUGUUCUGAGCGGGUUGUCCGCUGGCGAAUUGCACGAUUUGUGUUGGCAAAAGAAAGAUAAAACGUUUGACGAAUGCCCUUUAAUUUGGAAAAAUUUUAGUGCGUCUGGUUAUCGAACAGCUUUUGCCGAAGACGCUUGCGCCAUGACCACAUUCAAUUAUUUGAAACGAGGUUUUCGAAUUCAACCGACCGACUAUUAUCUCAGACCAUUCUGCAUAGCGUCCGAGAAGGAUAUUGGCAAUACUCACAAGUUGAACGCGAAUCUCUGCGUAGGAACCAGAAAAACGUUCGACAAUUUGUUAACUUACGCAAAGAAAAUCGUCUCACAAUUCUCCGCGGAUCCGUAUUUUGCGAUGAUCUGGCAAGCUAGCUUGACCCAUGAUUUUUUCAAUUAUCCACAAUUGGGCGACGAAUCUUACUACAAUUUGAUCACGUAUCUUUACAACGAGCGCUUGAUGAACAAAACGGCAUUGAUAGUGAUGAGCGAUCAUGGAAUGAGAUGGGGAAGCUUUCGGCAGACUUACCAAGGUAGAAUGGAAGACAGUCUUCCCUUCGUAUUUCUCGUAUUGCCCCGUUGGUGGAGAGAAAAGUAUCGAGUGGCUUGGACAAAUUUACGAAGAAAUACGCGGAGUCUAACUACAGCCUUUGAUUUGCACGAAACUUUGGUGGAUAUGAUAAAUCUAGAAAAUCUAGAAGAAUCACGUCUUAAGACUCGUUCAAGAGCAAUGCCGAAAGAUAACAAUUUGCCACGUGGGAUCAGUUGGUUCUUGCCGAUUCCUAACUAUAGGACGUGCACCAUGGCGGGUAUUGCCAGCCAUUGGUGUAUGUGUCACAACAGUUAUGACGUUUCUGCGCAGGACGAGAAUCUUAGAGAUAAAGCGAUGUUUUUAGUCUCGGAGUUGAAUAACAUGUUGAAGAAAUUCGUGCAAUGCGCGAUUUUGAAACUGAAAGAAAUCAAAGCCGCGAAAGCGUGGAGGGACGAGGAUGAGCAGAGUCAACUCGUAGAUUACACGAUCACGAUUGAAACAGAACCUGGUAACGCGAUAUUCGAGGGCACGAUACGGUACAGAAGUGAGAACAAGACUAACAAGUUAGUAGGAUCGGUUAGCAGAUUGAACGCAUAUGGGAAACAGAGUGCCUGUGUCGAUGAAUUCAAUAUGAGGCUAUAUUGUUAUUGUUUGUAACUUUCAAUUUAUUCGAUAUUUUUUAUCAUUUUUUUUUUCUCUGAAAAACUUUCUCUUAAAAAAAAAAAACGACUUUACUCAGGAUUUUGGUAGUAUUGAAUGAAAUUAGUACGGUAGCCAGUAUACUGGUACAAAAAAAGUCACACUGUGAUAAGAUACUUGCUUUAAAUAUGUAAUAAUAAUUCACGGCAAUUUCGUGCUUAACAAAUGAAGUGUCAACUAAUGAUAAUAUUAUUAUUUUUAUCAUUAUUUUUUCCAUGAUUUAUUUUUGGUGAAAAUUCGUUCGAUGCCAAAUCAUAUUAAAUAUCAUUCAAUUAUUAUUAUUAUUAUUUAUUAUUUCCUGUGCUUUUUAAAGAUUUUGCGAUAUUUAUUUUUUUCUAAAAAUAUCUAUUUAUUAGAAAUAAGUUUCUUUAUUUUUUUUUUUGUUACGAUCUUUCCCUAAUCACCGUUCAGAGAAUUAUUUUUAUAUCUUUUGAUGAUAAUUAUUAUUAUUGUUGUUAUUAUCAUUAUUAUUUCUUCAUUAUGUAUAAUAUAAAAUAUGCGUUAGUAAUUAAUGCACAAAUAAAUAAUAAAUAUAGUAUAAGUC